GAUCACGCCGCGUAUACACCUUCCAUGGGCGAGCGGAUCUCUGUGUCUCUUUGAGGAAAUCUCUCGGUUCAAUGGGUGCAUAUUCAGAAGCAUUUUCAGUGUAUACUAUGCUGAAAUAUAGUAAGAGAACGAUGAAUAAGGCCAUUCAUGGAAAAAUUUUACACAUUUUACUUUCAGGUGGACUUCUUAAAGAUGCAUAUCUAGUUGUCAAGGAUAAUGCAGAGUUAAUCCCUAAGCCAGCCAUUAAGAAGUUUGCUAUCUCCUUUAUGAGGAACGGCAACAUAAACUUAGUAAAUGAUGUGAUCAAGUCUAUUCACAACUCAAACUACAAGAUUGAUCAGAUUUAGUUUCAGGAUAUAUUUCACUUGGCCAUUUCCCGUUACAUUGAGCAACCCGAAAAGAAAGACCUGCUUCUUCAUUUGUUAGUGGAUGCCUGGUCAAGGUUAUGCUGUUGAUUCAACUACAAGUGAUAUGAUACUCAAGAAUUCACACUUCUUUGGGCACCAUUGAAUUGCAGAAUUAAUGUAUAAGCAUCAUACCGUGUUGAAGAAAAAUAAAUUACGUAGAGAGGAGCAACGGAUGAACAAGAGUUCUUAGCGUUAAAGGUGUGCUUUAUAUGCAUGAUAUAUAGGCGUUACCUUUAUCCUAGUAGUUAUUAUUUCCAUGUUUAUCUUUAGUAGAUUUGAUUUAAUCUCUAUAAAUACUUGUCAAAGAGGUACCCAAGGGAUCAAUUAGUUUGUGCCCGAGUGCUGUGAUGGUUAGGAUUUUGUUCAUUUCUUGGUUAGGGUGGUUUGUUCCUUUCUUUUCUUUAUCAAUUUCAGUUUUCUAUAUUUUAUUCCAGAUUUCUUUAUCUACGGUUCAAUAUGUUUCAUAUGCAUCUUUAUUUUCGAAUGUGAGUCCGCAUUUCACUCCGUAUCAGCUUAAAUUUUAUAUGCCAUGUGUUAAGAUGAAUGCAAAGGUUGACUUAAUGAAGAGGUACUUAAAACUGGUUCCCAGGCAAAACCUUCAGUUUGGAACUUAGCUUUGUAACCUUUUGCAUUCUGAUGACUAUAUAUUAGUCAUAUCUUGUACUGGCUGCUGCAUAUCUUGAGCUCCCACAAUUUCCUUACUGUGCGUGCAAAGUUUUCUCCCAGUGAAAGUGGAUGCGGUGGAUGGAUCGAUCUAUAAUAUAAUGGUAUGAAAAGUUCUCUUGCAGAUGGAAAAUGGAAAUCUGCCAUUUUCUGGAUUUUUUUGUCAUGCCAAAAGUGGCCUUGGUCUCUGCACAAGCUACAAUUUUCUUGUUCCAGUAGUUUAAGGAAUGCUACUUACUGCAUGCCAUGACUCAAGUAGGAUAACACUAGUAAUAGCUUCAAACUAUUUACCAGUUUAUAUUUGUAAUUUCUUCAUACAGUUUCAAAUUAAAACUACUCCGGUGAUGUUAAAUUUUGAGAAAUGGCCGGUCAUGUAAGAAAUUUGAUUUACGAUUCAUAGCAAUUGACUGGGUUUUUUUCUAUUUUUGUUCUAGAAUAGAGUUAUCAUUCCUCGUUUGUACUGGACUUUUUUUUUGU